AUGGAAUCUCUGGUGGUGCUCCUGCUGGUAUGUUUCGGCGUAGCAUCGUGUGCCGUCUGCGGCCCAGACAGGGAAUUGUUUGAAAAAGCCAGUUACUGCAUGGUUGACAGCCACAUUCCGUGGGUCAGCGCCACCACCGCAUGCUCCUCUAUGGGAGGACGCUUAGCUGUUCCCAACUCCCAAGCCGAGCAAGCAUUCCUGUACGACUUCGCCGCCCAACAUUUUGGAAUAUACAGCAGUAUCUGGAUCGACUGCAGCAAGACGUCGACACACGGGCAAUGGAUGCAUGCGGAUGGUUCUCCAUGCGAGUAUACCAAUUUCAUUUAUGGUGAUGUCGACGGUGCCAACUGUGUACACAUGUAUCUAAACAGCGGUUAUUGGUUCGCAGUUGACUGUAGUGCCAACAUCUUUCCUGUCGUUUGUGAGUUACCGUUGCCUGAGGGAUCUAGUGAGGAGGUUAAGCCGUCGAUGUUCUGCAUGGAAUUCGGCGCUGAUGGUCGCCUUCAUCCAUAG